AUGGCUCCUGCGCGACAACAGCCGCCUCCGCCGUUUGGCAAGGACGAAAAAGUCCUCUGCUUCCACAUGGACAUGCUGUAUGAGGCCAAGAUCAUGGACGUCCAACCUGCAGAGAAGCCCAAUGAAGGAUAUCGGUACAAGGUGCACUACAAAGGCUGGAAAAACACGUGGGACGACUGGGUUCUGGUGGACCGGAUCCGGCCCUUUGACGACGAGCACAAGGAGCUGGCAGCCCAGCUUCACGCGCAACUCAAGAACAGCAUGCAGAAGACGUCCAAGGUGCCCAAGAAGAUUGUCAAGAGCGGCGGCGAGUCGGCGCGUGGCAGCGAGGAGCGGGGCAAUAAGUCAGCCAAGAUGCCAAUGAAAGCAAACGAAACCCUCUUGCCGCGCUCCCGUUACGGGCGUAUCAUCAGGCCAACCCUGAAAAGACAAAUUGCUUCAUCACUGGCUGCCAAAGAGCCGUCUGAGCCAGUCCGAAAGCGCAACCGAGUCAUAACAAACUCUCCUCGCAAGGCCGAUGUUGAAGCAAUUUCCAAGCGUGUGCCUGACCCGAAAUUUGAACCUGAACCUCAACCUGUCGUUGGGCAAUCAGGGCCAAUUCGAAAACGCAUCUGGAUAAAUCUCACGCGUAACGGCAAGCCUAUCUGUCCUAGGAAGAGCGUUACAGAAUCAACUCCCAAGGCUAAACCAGCAUCUACGCCUGUCAAGACAAAGAAAAUCACCAGAUUUCGAUUUUUGCAUAGGUGGCAUGUGAUCAAAGAGGAUGCUUUCCACAGCAAGCCAAUGAUCAACAUUUCUGUGCCCGAUCAUAUUCAGGCCAUGCUUGUUGACGAUUGGGAAAAUAUCACCAAAAACAACCAGCUUGUACCAUUGCCUCAUCCAAACCCAGUUACCAAGAUUUUUGAGGACUAUCUUGCCGUUGAGCGGCCGCGCAGAGAAGAGGGCUCAUCUAGCAUGGACAUCUUGGAGGAAGUUAUCGCCGGAUUUCGAGAAUAUUUCGAAAAGGCUCUAAGCAGAAUACUUCUCUACAGAUUUGAGCGUCAUCAGUACAUGGAUGUGCGGAAACUGUGGGAUAAUGCCGACGAGAAUUCUCAGUACAAGAAUGUUUGCGAUGUUUACGGCGCAGAGCAUCUCGCGCGUCUUAUUGUUUCAUUGCCCGAGCUCCUUGCGCAGACGAAUAUGGAUCAACAGUCCGUAUCACGCCUUAGAGAGGAAAUCGGCAAGUUCACCACUUGGCUGGGCCGCAACUGUCAAUCAUAUUUUGUCAACGAGUACGAGACUCCAUCUCAAGAGUACAUUGACAAAGCUCGAAGCUUCUAA